UGUUAUACGAGAAUUAGGGCUUUGAGUGACAUGGGUAAGGCUCAGUGUCCUGCUAUGGGCAUUGGGUUGAACGACCGGGCUGUUGACAUCGAAACCAUUGUCAACAACUGUGAGGGCGAGGGUCCUGAAAUGGGCUUCGAGUUAAACCACUGGACGGCUGACAUUGAAACGGGUGUCAAUUCUUUCAGCCUUUCCGAUGAAGAGAACAAAUGGACAGCGACGUCGGUAUACAAGGUACCCUCCUUCAUCAGAGACAUCAGAAAAGAUGCCUUCACUCCGAGGGUGGUUUCUUUUGGUCCCUACCAUCACAAUGCUCCCAACCUGAGGCCGGUGGAGGAGCACAAGCGCCGCGCUCUGGUCCACUUCCUCAAGAUGGCAAGCAAGCCUCUAUAUCACUUCAUCGACGCGAUGAGGGCUAUUGAGAAGCAACUGCAAGACUCCUACCAUAGCCUGGACGAGAAGUGGAAAGAUCCCAGACACCCUGGCCAAUUCUUGAUGCUAAUGAUACUGGACGGGUGUUUCAUGCUUGAAGUGCUGCGCAUGAAGGAUGAGAAGUGUAGGAAAAAGAGGUAUGCCACACAUGAUCCCGUUUUUAGCAGUUACGCAGAAAAUCACAGGUUGCCUUACAUCAGGAGGGACAUGUUGGUAAUGGAAAACCAGCUACCUCUUCUAGUUCUUAAGAAGCUGCUUGAAGUCGAAGGACUUCAAGGUGACGUGGAUGAUGACUCCAUUAAUAAGAUGGUACUCCGCUUCUUUGGGGUAGAAAAGGAUAUACUGAAAACAGGACUGGGCCUCCAUCCGCUCGACGUUUAUCGGAAGAGCUUGCUUCAUGGUGCACCACUGAGGACGCAGCCACCACCCGCACGGAACCAGAGCUCCAACCAGAUCAUCAGGUCAGCCGUGGAGCUCCGCGAGGCUGGAAUCAAAUUCGAGAAAGGCGAGAGCCUUGCGGACAUCGACUUCCGGGAAGGCGUACUGACCCUCCCAUUCCUUGAGGUCGAUGACGGCACCGAGAGUAUGUUACUCAACCUCGUGGCCUUUGAGCACCUCCAUGUUGGCAGUGGCAGCGAGGUCAUCUCCUACGUAUGCUUCAUGGACGAGGUCAUUGACUCAGCCAAGGACGUGAGACUCCUGCAUGGAAAAGACAUCAUAAGAAAUGCAAGCGGGAGCGAUAAGUCUGUCGCCGAGCUCUUCGGGAGCCUUUCCAAGGAAGUGACAUUGGGUCCAGACUGGAGGCUUCAAGAUGUGCGAAGGCGGGUGAAUGAAUACUGCCGGACGAGGUGGAAUACUUGGAAAGCAGAUUUACGGCACAAAUAUUUCCAUACCCCAUGGGCCGCGAUCUCACUUAUAGGCGCCAUAUUCAUUAUUUUGCUCACUACCGCCCAGACCGUUUAUACCAUUUAUGGACAAUAUCAUCCAAAAUAAAGCUCUUCGUCCUCUUCCCCAGCCGCUGCUCCCGGUUGAUCUCAUUCUCCUAAUGCAAGCACAUUUGGGACAGAUGCUACUAAGCCUACGUUCUGGUGUGUGCCUAAUAUUAUGCUUGUGCCUCAUUCCGAUUCACUGAGUGGAAUUGAUUGGUGUUAAGAGUUUGGACAUUCCGUUGCUUUCAAGUUGGUUUGUACUAGCUGGUGUUGGCCUUGUCUCUAUUUUGUUUGAUUGCAAUUUGACGUUCUGCUGAUAUCAAAUAAAUUUGUUAUAGUCUUGUCCUUA